GCCGAUGGAAGCGAAAGGUGGCGGUGGCGCGGCUAGCUAGGCUGCCUCGUGCGCGCGCGUGAGAGACCGUGCUCAGCGCCCAGACGAGACGACGCCGCAGCUGCAGCUGCAGCUCUGCUCGCAUCACACAACAACAGUCACACGCCCACAGUGGAGGCGGAGGCGGAGUGAGUAGUGCAAGGAGAGAGAGAGACAGAGACAGGGGGAGAGAGAGAGAGAGCACAGGUAGUUUUAUUUUUAAGGCAACAGCGAGCCCCGCUGUCCCUCUCCUUCGCCACCUCUCUCUCUUUCCUCCCUCUUGGAGGAGAGAGAAGAGGGGGAUACCCCAGCCACAGCCAGCACAAGACCACCCAGCCCCUCUCGCUGACGUCGCCGCCGCAAUGGAGUCCGGUGGCGCCAGUGGCGGCGGCGGCGGCGGCGGCGGGGACGACCAGCUGCACGGCCUCAAGUUCGGCAAGAAGAUCUACUUCGAGGACGCCGCCGCGGCCGGCUCCAGCAGCGGUGGCGGUGGCGGUGGCAGUGGCAAUGCUAGCGCGACCACCGCGGCUCCAGCGACGCAGCAGCCGUCCCCGCCGCAGGCCGCUUCGCCCAGGGCAGCCAGCGGCGGCGGCGGCAGGAGGGGCAGGGCCGCGGGCGGCCCCUCCCCGGCGCCCGCGCCCGCGCGCUGCCAGGUCGACGGCUGCAACGUGGACCUCACCGACGUCAAGCCCUACUACUGCCGCCACAAGGUCUGCAAAAUGCACUCCAAGGAGCCCCGCGUCGUCGUCAACGGCCUCGAGCAGCGCUUCUGCCAGCAGUGCAGCAGGUUCCACCAGCUGCCUGAAUUUGACCAACUAAAAAAAAGCUGCCGCAGACGUCUCGCAGGCCACAAUGAACGCCGGAGGAGGCCACCUCCUGGACCUCUUGCAACACGAUAUGGUCGCCUUGCUGCAUCAUUCGGUGAAGAGCCCGGCAGGUUCCGAAGCUUUAUGUUGGAUUUCUCAUACCCAAGGGUUCCAACCGCCAUGAGGGAUGGGUUUCCAGCAGUUCGACCUGGUGAAAGGGCGCCUGGUAGUAUCCAGUGGCAAGCGAGCUUAGAUCCUCAUCAUCAUCAAAGUGCGGUCGCAGGAUACAGUGCUCACUCAUAUGGGAGCCAGGGUAGCUCGUCGUCAAGGCCACCGGUGUUCCCUGGUCCGGAGAUCCCCCCAGGUGGAUGUCUUGCAGGAGUCCCCUCGGACUCUAGCUGUGCUCUCUCUCUUCUGUCAACUCAGCCAUGGGAUACUACCCACAGCUCUGGCCACAGCCAUGCUGCAUCAAUGCCUGCAACAGCAGGUUUUGACGGCAACCCUGUGGCACCCUCCCUCAUGGCGAGUAGCUACAUUGCGCCAAGCCCCUGGACUGACUCCCGGGGCCAUGAAGGCGGGCGGAACGUGCCUCAGUUGCCACCUGACGUCCCCCUCAGCGAGGUGCACUCUGGCUCAAGCAGCCAUCACGGCCAGUUCUCAGGUGAGCUCGAGCUUGCCCUGCAGGGAAACAGGCCAGCACCAGGGUCAGCGCCAGCGCCGCGCAAUGAUCAGGGCUCCACAGGCGCAUUCGACCAGUCCGGCAACACAAUGGACUGGUCACUCUAGGAGGCCAAAUAAAGUGCAGCAGAUCAUAGCCGCACAGAGAGAUGGAACUGAAAGCCUGACGCUGCACGCUGUUUGCUAGCUUAGAGCAUCCAGUAUGAUAAGGAACUAAUGCAAUGUCAGGAGACUAAUUUCUUAUGUGGUUGUCCGUGAACUCAUCUGUUGCGUCUAUGUAGACCUCCAUGAUUUGAAGUUAUCAUCAGCAUGCUUCUCGGGGACUUUGCUCGAUGUAUUAAUCUCAUGCUCGUCCUGAAAUUGCUCUGUUCAGUUUUGGUGUGAUUCUUGAAAA